GAAAAAUCGGAAUACGAGAGAGCGCGCGACUGGGCGUGCGGCAGGCAGGGGUGGGCGCGAGUGGGAGCGAGCGGGCGAGUUUAAUGCGUAAGACGAGAAGGAUACUCGGUAAGGGUAGACGUAGGCUGUUUAAGGGUAGGCAGGUAUUCAGGGAGGCGAGUGCGAGUCGAAUAAUAUAAGCGAAUACGAGUAGGAAAGAAGAAGAAGAGGAAACCUUCGCCGGGCGCGAGGCAAGUGAGUGGGAGGAAUAUAGCGAGGGCGAAGAGGGCAAGGUGGGUGCAGAGGGCGAGGGUGAGGGUGUCCGUACGUACACGGAGAGAGAAUCGAUCUAAAACUAGGAGUCGCCGCAGUAACCGCUGGGAGGAAGCCACUGUUACAAUUUGGCCCAUAUGCGUUAGUGAAAUCUUAGAUCGGGUAAUUGUAAGAUACCUAGUAGGAUGAGGGAUUUCCUGGUAGAUGUAGUUUCCAAGGGACCCGUUUGUUAGGGUCCGUUGUUUAGACCGCCUCUACCCGGCAUCUCCGAGAACCGCGCGAUCAGAAUGCUGCAGCGUUCGGUCCGCUACUUCCUUUAAAUAAGUGCUUGUGGGACGGUCCCGUACCUGCAGGGAUAUGACGUAAUGGCAAGAGAGGAGUUACGGAGCAAAAGACCUUUUAAGAUAUGGGACAGUUGGCGAAACGUAAGAAAGGGACUGGUCGUUAGCAAUUUUGAAGAACUGUUACACCGCGGUAAAGAAAAAUUGGGCGUUCCCCAAAAUGAGAAGGUCUCUUUAGUGCUCGAAUCGGAUGGUACGCAGGUCGAGGACGGGGAAUAUUUCAAGACUUUAGCGAACAACACGAUACUGCUACUCCUGCGACAUGGUGAAAGGUGGUGUCCCACUGGCGUUGACAUCAUUCGGGCUGCGAUUUCGGCGAUACCGAAAAUAGUCUGCGAAACGAUCCACGCGUUGGAGUUGCACGAUGAGACGCCAUCCUGGAAAAUUAUGGACAAUAAAGGACGUGUCACAGUGGUGCUCCACUGGGAUCAGCGGUCAUCGUCGCAGGUUCAACAGCAGCAGCAACAGCAGCAGGGGGGAAAGUCACAGGACGGUCAGAGCUCGAAAUAUUCUCCAACGAAGAAGAGCGAACUGAUCUCGGGUGGUCAGAGACCGUCGUUAGUGAUACAGACGAGCUUGGACAAGCUGCAGAAUUAUCACGACGGGAUCGGGAUCGGUAUAGGUAACGGAAAAGCUGGAGGUCACGGAGCGGGCGACUUAGGAGGAGGCGUUGGUGGUGGUGGUGGUGGUAGUGGUGGUAGUGCCGGUGUUGGUAGUGGUGGUGGUCCUCGUUACAGCAGCCCUCAAAUAACUGUGAUAAAUCAUGACGAUAUGGUACAGAAGAGUUUUACUAGUCCGAGUCAUAGUUCCUACGGUCCGAUGCUGGCCUCCAGCUUAUUACCGGGAUCGUCAAGCAGCGGGCCUUCUACAUCUGGUAGCCGUCUCGUUAAGCAGGGUACCAACUCGUUCGACAGUACCACAAUCCAUAUCCACACACCAGAGUGUUCGAAUCACAUCCAUCAGCCUGUAGCGAGGAACGGUAGUCCCGUGAACGGUGCCGACGGAGGAAGCGCGGCCGAGUGCGAUUUUCACUGCUGCGCACUCCACGAGGAGGGUCGUCGUAUAGCGGUUCACAAAUCCGUUGCGACAUCGCCUAUCCAGGAUGCCCAACAUCAGACGCCGUCGCCGCAGCCGCAGUCCUCGCUUUCGGACGGCACGAGGCGUUCCGGGGUGAUAAAAGGGCACGUCAGGUUCCGGGACGACGAGAGCGAGGCGGGACCCAGUCACCAGUACCGUGCCGGAAGUUCGUCGGGUCAGUUCCACGGGCACGGAGGUUCCCAUACCCAUCACCAUCACAAUCAUCUGCACCAGGAUCACGACAGCUCCGAGUCUGAAACGGAGAAUACGAUAAUGGAGGACGAGGUAGUGACUUCGGAAAAAUUUUUACUUCUCAUCGAUCAGCUCACGGUAGAUCAGAAGCACCAUCUUAGCAUCAAGGAUAUCGGUAUUAUACUAGAAAGGCUAAGCUCGAAGAUACUGGACGUCGAGAGAUUGGACAGGGAGAGCGAGAACGAUGGAUGUUACAACUGGACUAUUAAGGCCGUUAUUAGGGGCGACGUGCUCAGGGAACUAGGUGUUAUUUACAACGGGAAUUACUACGCCAUCUCGGAACACCCCGGGUACAGGGAGGAGCUCGAGGAGAAUAACGAGGAUAACGAGGACGACGACGACGACGACGAUGAGGAGGAGGAGGAGGAAGAUAGACUUUAAUAUGACGCUGUUUUAAUAGUUAGAUAGAUUAUACCUAUACCUAUUAUUAAUGGUUAUUAUUAACUAUUAUUAACAUAGUAUGUACUAAACACAUAAAAACGUGAUUUUUUUCAAAUGUUUUCAUAAUAAAAAAAAAGAAAUAAAAAAAUAACGCAUCAUGAUAAGAGGGGGGAAAAAAAAAUAAAUAAAUAAA